GUUACCAUCCAACCUGACAGAACUGGAGAGGAUCUGCAAGGAGGAACAGCAGAGGAUCCCCAAAUCCAGCGUCACGGAGCUCGCCGCUGUUCAGACGACUACACUGAGGAAAAUUUGAAGCACUGCUUUGGAGUGAAAUCUACAGGCAGCAUGAAGGAGUUGAUCUUUUGUGUCCUUUUGAUUGCUGGAGCUGGCAUCUCGAAAGUUGCAAGUGCUUCUUGUUGCCAGGUGUGUUACACUCAGUGGUUUGACCGUGACGACCCCACUGGGUAUGGAGAUUAUGAAACUCUUGAACACCUAAGAGCUGAGAACCCGGGAAAGAUCUGCAGUUGCCCUACAUCCAUAGAAGUUCAGACACUCGAUGGUCGUAAUGCAACAACUAUUGGACAAGUGUUUAGAUUCUUUGACACAGUGACUGGUUUCGCCUGCACUAAUGCUGACCAGCCAAAUCGCCAAAUGUGCCUGGACUACAAGGUGCGCUUUGCAUGCCCAUGUUGGUAGUGGCAGAAGACACUUGGCAUGACCUGGAAAUGCUGCCUGUGUUGCUGGUGCUUAGAUACAGGAGCUGAUUAAUGUACCAGGUUUAGAAAAGAUGCCUUUGAUCUUAUUGUUUUAAUCUACAUAUCACUCUAACAAUCACACUCAUUGACUUGUUUAAUCAUUAAAAUGUUCGGUUUGUUUAUUAAAUUCCUGAAGUGGUGUCUGUCCUAUUCUGUAUUCUUGCUAUUUUCAUGAA